CCCUUCCACUGCCCCCACCUGCAGUGGCCUUCCCUCCCAGUCUGGAGAGGCAGCCAAAGAGGGCUAUGGGUUCCCGCUGCACCAAGCUCGGCACAGGCCACAGCCGGGGCCACGAAUCCUCCAUGAAGAAGCUCAUGGCCUGUGUGAGCCGGGAUAACUUUUCCUUGUCGUCCGAGGAGGAGAGAGAGGAGGAGGAGGAGGAGGAGGAAGAGGAGGAAGAGGAGGAGGAAGAGGCAGAGGAGGAGGAGGAGGAGGAAGAGGAGGAGGACGAGCUCCCGAUGCAGGGCAAGCUGCUGCUGAUGGAGCCCGAGCGGCAGGAGGAGGAGGACGGUGCCGAAGGGAGUCCCGUGGCCCCGCAGAGCCCCGAGCCCAAGCAGACGCGCUCCUGACCCACGACAGGGGCCCCCGGAGAGGUUCCCGCCACGGCUCCAGCGAGAGGAACUUUCAGAAAAGAGUCAAUAAAAAGUCUCCUUGGACCUCU